AUGGAAGACCAGAUGAAGAAUGUCAAAGACAUGAUCGUGACGGAAGCCGGGCAGCUCUUUGAACAUGCAUCUGAACAGCUACAAGACUCGACUGUGCUGGACCAAUUCGAAGCGCACUUCAUCCCCAGGUUCAUCAGUCUCACGCAGCUCGCCUUCAGGGUAUACCAAGCUACGAACAGUCUGGCCCAUCAGCAACUCCGUCACACAUUCGACCUCAUCUUUGUCUGUGUCGAGACCCUCAUUGGAGGAUAUUUUAAUUCAGGGUUACUUGAGCCCAAGUUCCGAUCUCGUGGUCUCGUGGCGCCACUCCGGCGUGUGAUGAAGGCCUUAGACUCAGGUCAAUUGAUAGCACACGGGACCACCCAGCGCAAGCGCGGCCCUGAGGUAUUCGCUGAUAUUCCACCAGUUGUCAAAGGCUGGUCCCAGGGGGAGAUCCAAGUACUGAGAGAUGCAUAUAUACAGUACUUUGACGAUGGUAAGUGUCAUCCUUUUGCUUUUACUUCGGUCAAGCUGUUGUUCUUGAGUAAUCUAACCGCUUGUGCAGCUGACCCUGUGCUUAUGAUUGCCAAACGCCAAGGGCACAAGUUGCCGAGAAGGAGUAUGAGGGAUAUCAAGGGUAUGCUGAAAGAGAUUGGUCUACUUGUAGACUGA